CAGACACUAAAAUCGACAUCACGUGAGCUGCAAGUGUGGAGAAUGGACACCCGGUUUUUGACGACGAUGCUCUCAAACUAAGCUCAAGCUCAAGGUCUCAUCUCCUACUCCAACGUCAAUUGAACACCUCCAUCAUGCUUUCGAGUCGAGCAAUCCUCCGCGUCGCGCGGACCUCAGCUCCCCAACGGGUCGCCACCCCAAGAGUUCUCGCCGCCAGCCAAAUCCGAUCGUACGCUGCUCCUGCGGCUGCAAGCCCCGACUCGAAACCUCCCAUCGCCCUCUACGGCCUUGAUGGCACCUAUGCCACUGCGUUGUACACGGCUGCCGUGAAGAACUCGACUCUGGAAAGCACCGCCAAAGCCAUUGCUGCUCUCAACGACGUCUACCACAAAGAUGAUAAGCUUGCCACGAUCAUGCAAGCACCAACGCUUAGCGCUGAGGACAAGUCAGCCAUCGUUGCUGAGCUGCAGAAACACACUGGAGCAGCGGGAGACAAGGGGGAUACUGUGAAGAACUUUCUCAAUACCUUGGCCUUUUACAACCGAUUGGGUCUCUUGAAGGGUGUCUGUGAGAAAUUUGGAGAGUUGAUGAGCGCGGCAAAGGGCGAGGUUGAGUUGACAGUCACAAGCGCCUCACAAUUGGAUGGCAAGAUUUUGUCUCGACUUGAGACUGCCGUCUCAAAGUCGCAGUACGUGGGUUCGGGAAAGAAGCUCAAGGUCACGAACAAGGUCAACCCAGAUAUCCUUGGGGGACUUGUGGUGGAGAUCGGAGACCGAACUAUCGAUCUCAGCGUCUCAGCACGCAUUGCGAAGAUGAACAAACUUCUUACUGACACCUUGUAAAAUACUAUCAGCUCCUGUUUUUGUCGGUGAAGGAUGGCAGUUUGGGUGAAGACGGCGGAACACGAUGUGUAUGUAUCAGAGUUGAGAAUGAGAGAAUUCCCAUUCUAGUCUACCAACCGCGAUUCGACAUUUGCAAGCUGUUAAAUUCAUAAAGAAAUAAU